AUGUUCAACGCAUUAGAAGAGCACAUAAAUGAAAGUGAUAAAAUAAUGUAUAGAGAAAAACGAACGGCGAAUGAACUUGAAACUCUUCCCCAACAAAAAAAACCAAGGAACUAUUCACCGAAUCGUUCUGAAGAUGAUACUGAUGCACAUGUCUUUCGUGAAAUAUUUGAAGAAUCCGUCACAUAUCUGGGAAAAGCAGUGGAAUCGGAACCCAAUAAUCUGGAGUUGGAACCUAAGAACCUUGACGAUGCAGCGGAAUUAGAGUUUAAUCUGGAUGAAGAAUUUGAGUUAGAACCUGAGGCUCUAGACCAUACAGCCGAAUUAAGAAAUAAGGACCUAGAUGCAACUAAAUUAGACACAUCUUUGACAUUAACAGAGGAGGUAAAUGAUAAAAACCAAUAUAUUACACGUGAUCUCGUAAACGACGUUCUUGAUGCAUAUCAAACGUGUGUCUUGCCUGGUGAAAAGUUAAUCUACAAUGGCGUAAACGUACUGGAUUGUGUUUAUUCAACAAACGAAAUGAAAAAUGGUCCACUAUCCAUUGGCGUCAUGAACCUGCACAAUAUUGAUUGUGUCAAAUGUUUACCUGAUGGUUUCAAAAAAGACAUUGCAAAUCAAAUUCAAGACCGUGAAAUGAAGUCGAUUAACUUUUCUAACGGAAAAAUGAUCGACAAGCUUUACUAUAAUUGUGAGGAAGAAGUGCUACAAUUCUUAGAUAGGUUCAAGAAUGUAACUGAUUUGAAAUCUUUGGCUGAAUGUUUGGAUAAAAAUUUAUUUAAUCACUCUUUCGUAUCAAACGAUAUGUUAUAUGUUCAUAACCUUUUGUUGCAUUUUUAUUUUUUAUAUAAGAAUGACAAAUUACUUCAACAUAUGUCUGAAUAUGAACUUAACGACUAUAUUUGGACUCCUCUAUUGAGAAAUGCGUUUCUGGAAGAAAAGGGUUUUAAAUUAAGAUACGAUGAUUUGGUCUCGAGGUCAUACAAUGAACUAAAAGAAAUGUUAAGUGUUGAUGGAACUAGUUUGCCCAAACCUGAUGCAAAGGAAUUUCUGAGAUCAUUGGGCACUGAAGUUUUAGCGCUAGGGGUACUUAACACAUACGGAAAAAGAUCCGGAGAUCUUAAGAAAUUAGAAUAUUGCACAAAGAUUAUUUUAACUGGUUUAUAUUUCGCACUUCCUACUAGUGUAAAUCAUAGGAUUAGUGAAAUAGAAGCUUAUAGUUUAAGAUCUAGUGGGUUUCAACUAACAAUUGCUGUUUCGAAAUACUUAUUCGAAAACACAAUUGUAACAGUUGAUUUGCAAGACAUUGAGAUACCAAGGACUGUAGAAGGUUUCUCUAAAAUUAUAAAGGCGAUAAAAAUUAUCUUAUCGUGGAAAGCUAGAACUAGAAAAAAUGCAAAUACAUUUUAUGAGGUGCUAAAAAAGGAUAACGAACGCAUGAAAAAUGCUGAAAUUUUUACACCGAAGAGGAUACGUAUUAGAUAG